UUGACGCGCCUCACAACGACAGUAGAUUUAUCAAGAAUCAAACAUUUUCACAAAAAUAAUGAAUUCUAUCAGCGCAUUGUUGGAAUCUGCCGUAGAAUCUGUUGAUUUAAAAGACUUUCGUUUUGGCAAUGUGAAAUCGAAAGACAAUGAUGAAUGCCACGUUGUGCAAAAUUGUGACGUAGACAGGAGUUGUUUCAUAGAUAAAAUUAUGAACCACUACUUGAGACACAAUCUCAGCUUAAUUUGCCUGGAAGACCUAAUGAAGUUACUUAAUGAUAAUCGAGAAACCUGUGACCGAUUUCCAACGUCAAAGGAUACAAUACUGAAAAUGUUCGGAGAGCAACGUGAUUUGUUUCAUAUGUUCAACUUCAUAAAAUGUGAAAAGUGUCAUUGCAUGAACAAAGUCUGUUCAGAUGUCACAAUAUCUAGUUGUGCGCGAUGUAAUACAGUGCUAAAAACUACUGAAACAAACUUUUUUGUUGUGAUUCCGAUCGAACAACAAAUUAGAAAAAGUGUAAAAGACAACUGGUCGCAUAUAUGUGAAUUCGAAGCAAGCUACAAUAAAAACAAUCAAUCGUAUUCGGAUGCGCGCGAUGGCAAAAUAUUGAAAGAUAUCAACGAACAGUAUGCUGAGUCUGAUAUAAAUAUUUUAUCUUUAUGUUUGAACCUGGAUGGAGCAAACAAAUAUAAAUCAAACACGCUGUCUGUAUGGCCAAUUCAAUUGAUCCAGAACUACUUGCCACCAAAUAUCCGAUUCCUUCCGCACAACAUCAUUGUGAGUGGGCUAUACUACCAUCAAAAAAAACCGGAUUGUUACGAAUACAUGCUUCCACUCAUAAAUGAAUUGAACGAAUUAAGCCAACGGAAAAUCACAUUGAAUAUUGGCGGUGAAGAAUUCGUAUUUAAGCCGAUUAUUACACAUUGCUCGGUCGAUUUACCUGCCAAAAGUUUGCUUCAAGCGACGAAACAAUUUGGGGGCUACGAAAGCUGUACAUACUGCGAUAUUGUUGGGGAAUUGAUUGUACUUACUAAUUCCAACCGCUGCAACGACGGAAAAACAGGCAAGAAGAAAAAAAACAUUAAAGAGAACACCAAUAAGCCCAAAAAACCGAAAAAAUUCGUUCGUUACACUGAAAGAGAUGAACCGUGUGCAUUACGUGACGAAGUCCAAACGCUUCAAACAAUGUUAGCGGUAUCGACGUCUACUGCUGGCGAAUCUAUCAACGGUGUGAAAGAUGUAUCGUGUCUAGUCAGUUUGGAGCAUUUCAAUAUCAUCUUUAGCAUAGGAGUGGAGUAUAUGCAUGCAGUUCUGCUUGGAGUUACAAAACGUUGUUUGAAUUACUUCUGCAACCCAAACAACAACUCCAAAACAUAUUAUAUUCCACCGAAGAGUCGAGCAUUACUAAAUGCGAGACUUUUGGCUAUCAAACCGACGAGCAAUAUUACUCGCAAACCGCGAUCCCUCGACCAAAGAAAAAAUUUUAAGGCCAGUGAGUUUCGAUCGCUGCUGUUGUAUUAUCUACCAGUAUGCUUACCCGGUCUCGUAUCAAAUGAGUACGUUCAUCACAUACGCAUUUUAUCAGCAGCAGUUUACAAAUUACUGAAAGCCGACAUCCCGUACAAGGAAGUGGAUCAGGCGGAAAAUUAUUUGCUCCAAUUCGUGAAAGAUCAUCAACAGUUAUUUGGCAAGGAAAAUAUGGUGAUGGUCAUUCACUUGCUGAAACACUUGUCGAACAGCGUCCGACAAUUGGGACCUUUAUGGUGCCAUUCUGCUUUUUCGUUUGAGCGAAAUAAUGGAUGUUUGCUGAAGCUGGUGAACGGAACGACUGAUGUGCUUGAUCAGAUGUCGAGCAAGUAUACUUUAUCAAAAUCGGUUCCGAGAAUUUUCAAGCAAAAAAAAUUUUGUCGUGGAAAGCCGGUUAUCAUCGUGGAGACACAUUUGGAACUCCAAUGUAUCGAAUCAUUGGAACGUUUCGAUUUAUCAAACAAGUCAAUCAGUGCAUUCAAACGAAUCAAGCUAGACAACGUAAUCUAUACUAGUUUGUUGUACACACGGCCGAAAAAGACAAUCGACUAUUUCAUUGGACUGAAAGAUGGAGUGAGCAUUGGAAUGGUAAAAUUUUAUUUUGAACUGAAUCACAAAAUGUGUGUGUUGAUCGAACAAUUCGAAGUCGUGGACUAUAUUUACCACAUCGAAAAAGUUAUCAAGUCUAACAAACUUAUUUUGGCACCCGUAGAGAACAUUGCGAAAAAAUUCAUUUUCAUGAAAGUUGGUCUCAAUCAGUAUAUUGUUACGCCUCCGAAUCCUUAUGAAAACGAGUAAUUUACCGACAAGAACAAUGUAAAGAUUAAUUUGUUACUCUGCACUGUAUGAAUUG